CCUUCGCCGUUGCUUAUUAUUAUUGCUUUCGCCCCGACCCCUGAUUGUUGUCGUUGACUUGGCCUCGCAUCUCCCUUUUUUUUACUUUUCACAACAAGCUAAACAUUUACACUCUAGUGCACAGUGGAUUAUUAUUUGUUAUGAGCUGUAAACAAAGUGGAUAAUUAUCUAUUCAAACCGAGACGCAAGAAAACUCGGGAAAAAUGACGACGGCUCUGUAUUUAGAGCAUUAUUUGGACAGUUUAGAGCACCUGCCCAUAGAGCUGCAGAGAAACUUCACCUUACUCAGGGAUUUAGACGCUAGAGCCCAGAAUUUAAUGCAGACCAUUGACAAAUAUGCGACCGAGUAUUUGGAAGGACUUGCCUACCCCACAAACAAAUCAAGCAGCAUGAGCAGUGACAAAAAGAAAGAACUCAUCUCCAACAUCCAGAAAAUGUUCAACAAAUCGAAAGAGUAUGGAGAUGACAAAGUUCAGCUGGCAAUCCAAACUUAUGAGCUAGUGGACAAGCACAUCCGAAGACUGGACAACGAUUUGGCCCGAUUUGAGGCGGAAAUUCAGGAGAAAGCAGCCGCUAGCAGCUCGCGGUCUGUGGAAGAAACGCCUGGAAAUAAAAGUAAAAAUCGGAGUAAGAAGACAAAAGAAAAGGACAAGAAGCGAUCCCGUGACAGCUCUGAAGACGAGUCUGUUGCUGCCAAAACCAAGAAGAAGCAAAAGCGGGGCGGCAGCAAAGCCCAAACAGCCAAAGCCGCUGAGGUGGCCAUUGCGGCGCCGCUCACACAUCCUUCUGAUGUGCUGGACAUGCCUGUGGACCCCAACGAGCCGACAUAUUGCUUGUGUCAUCAAGUGUCCUAUGGGGAGAUGAUUGCGUGCGAGGUCCCAGACUGCCCCAUUGAGUGGUUCCACUUUGCUUGCGUCAAUCUCACGACAAAGCCAAAAGGCAAGUGGUACUGUCCCAAGUGCUUGGAGGAGAGGAAGAAAAAGUGAACCAGCUGCAUCCAACCAGCGAUGUGAAGCAAUAUUAACUUAUUUAUUUCUAAACGCCGCGUCAAAACCCAGGGGUUUAGUUUUGAUAAAUGAACGAAAAAGGGAAGACCGGGCUAUGCAUAUUCUGCAAUUUGAUUGACUUCAUCAAACAGAAUGAAACGAAGAUUAAUAAAUUACGAUCAUUUUGAUCUUGACAUUUGAAUCUUAAUUUGAUUCGCUAUCACAUCUUGAGGAUUCAGAAUAGGGCUAGGAAUAUAAGACGGUUCAUAUUUUUUUUGCAUCUGAUUUCCUAUUUGGCAUUAAAUGAGCACUAAUUCUGCAUGUUAAAGAUAUUCCAGAUUCUCGAACCAUCUUAUAGAGCCUAAAACCGUCUGAAUCGCUCUUUAACUCGCAUUAUAAUAAGAUACACUGCAAAUGGGUUACAUUUCUGAUAUUAUAUUUUCUAUCUUACGAAAUCCAAUUGUAAAGAUGAUGUUUACCGAUUUUCAAUUUAUUUUGGCACCUGUUAAUUCUUUAAAAGAAAAAUUCGGUACCGUAUUUAAAAUCUUUGAGUUGCUUUUAUUGUUCAUUGUAAAAUAAACUUGAAUUUUUAGAAAA